UCCAACGUAAAUGCAACGCAAUGAAUCCAGUGGGUGAAUAACCAUGGCGGCGAUUCACCUUGCGAAAUUCUCGUACCGAAGUGUCGUUCGAUUCUCUGACCGAGAGUUUGUUCGCUGAGGAAAAAUCAUUCAAUCGACUGAACCUGGAAAAUUAUGAAUCAACCUGGUGGUUUCUCUGGUGACGAUGGAAGCGCCGGAGACGGUGGAGAUGAUCAGGAAGAAUCUUCCUCCUCAAACUUCAACGUCGAGGAUGCCCUAACGAGUUUCAGGGAACAAUGGCAAAGGGAACUCGAGAUUUCCCCGAAGAGAGACCUCAACAAAUCAAAUAAAACAUCGAAUAUCGAAACUAUCGAGGAAGAAUUAUCCAUAGAAACUAAGGCAAAGAAUUUAUUUUUGAAAGGUAUUGAGUACGAGCAGAAUGGAGAAUUGUACGACGCAAUCAGGUUCUACAAAAGGGCUGUGCAACUGGUGCCUGACAUUGAGUUUAGGCUCUACGAGUCAACGAAACCAAAGGCUCGAGAGAAAUUCGAAAAAGAUGAGAAGAAGAUCGUUUUUGAGGGUGACAGAGACGAUGAGGAUAUUGAUGAUGAUGAGGAGAGUGACGAUGGGGAUUUACUCACUAAAUUAUCAAGGAUUUUGGCCAAGAGUCAGUGCGUCUGCAGUCCUCGCUUUGAACAAAGUACUACGCAUAUAUCUGCUCUGCCGAUGGAGAUUGUCCUCUACAUUCUCAGAUGGGUGGUGUCACCGGACCUUGAUCUCCGCUCCCUGGAGAUGUUCUCAGGGGCCUGCCGAGGCUUUUUCAUCUCAGCGAGAGACCCGGAGAUAUGGAGACUGGCUUGUGUGAGGGUCUGGGGAGUUAAUUGUGGCAAUUUCGAGCCCAAAUAUCGUUCCUGGAGGGAUAUGUACCUGCAAAGACCUAGAUUACGUUACAAUGGCUGUUAUAUUAGUAAAAAUACGUACAUCAGGCAUGGGGAGAACAGUUUUCAGGACCAGUUCUAUCGGCCUUGGCACUUGGUCGAGUAUUUCAGAUAUAUUAGAUUUUUUCCAGAGGGUCGAGUACUAAUGUUAACAUCAACAGAUGAUGCCCAGAGCUGUGUUAAUUUAUUGAAAAAUCGUUAUCCCAGAAAUCCGAAUAUUUUAAUUGGUUACUACAGGCUGCAUGAAAAUCGCGUUACACUCGUGUUGAAGAAACAGGAGACCAGAUCGAAUCACAAUAUUUACAGGAAGAAGAGGAAGGAAGUUGUACAUGACAGUGGAGAACAAACAUUUCACGUUGAAUUCGAGAUCCAAACAAACCAGAAGAGAGCGAAUUUUCAACUCAAUUGGGUUCGUUACAAUAUUUUCACAAAGUACAAAAAUGGACAGGAGGGCACGACGUGUCUGAAUUCAUCGGGACGAUAUCCAUCGUUCAAAUUCACUCGAGCCAAGAGUUACACACAAGAGAGUGAUGCACCGCUUCAGUAAAUAAUUUUAUCACUAUUUUUUAAUUUUUAAUCAGUUAACAUAAAAAAUAAAUAAAUUAAAUUCUUAAGAUGCAA